AUGGAAUCCAAUGGACUAGGUGGUGGAAUAUUUCCUAGUUCAACCAUAAACAAUGGAUAUAUAGGUGUAGAAAACCCUUCAAAACAACAACAAAAUUCUCACACUUUGCAUCAUCAUCAUCAUCAUCACCAAAUGGUUUCCUAUGAUCAACCCCAUCAAUCAAUAAAACAAAGCUAUCCUUCUUACUCAUCAAAAACCAUCAUGAACAACAAGGCACAGCAACAAAUCAACCUCAGUGAUGAAGAUGAGCCAUGUUUCGGAGCAGAUGAAGCCUCUGGUGGUGGUGAUCCAAAGAGAAAAGGGUCACCAUGGCAUAGAAUGAAAUGGACAGACACAAUGGUAAGGCUCUUAAUAAUGGCUGUUUAUUACAUCGGUGACGAAGCCGGUACUUCGGAGAUAGGUGUUGAUAAUAAAAAGAAAGUGAGUGGCUUGUUACAGAAGAAAGGUAAAUGGAAAUCGGUUUCUAAGGGGAUGAUGGAGAAAGGAUACUAUGUUUCGCCUCAACAAUGUGAAGAUAAGUUCAAUGAUUUGAACAAAAGGUACAAAAGGGUUAACGAUAUUGUCGGAAAAGGAACAGCUUGUAGAGUUGUUGAGAAUCAAAGCUUGUUGGAUAGUAUGGAUUUGUCUCCGAAACUUAAAGAUGAAGCGAGAAAGCUUUUGAAUUCUAAGCAUCUUUUCUUUAGAGAAAUGUGUGCUUAUCAUAAUAGUUGUGGCCAUGGGAACAAUACUUUGCAGCAACAGUCAUCGAACGAGACUCAACCACAGCAGCAGCAUCAACCGCAACAGCAGCAACAGCAACAACCUCAGCAGGAGCAGCAACAAUGUUUGCAUUCGUCGAACGGAGUAGGAAUGUUGAAACUGAAAGGAAAAAGCGGAGGAGGAGAAGAGGAAGAGGACGAAGACGAAGAGGAUGAAUGGGAGGAAGAUUCUGAAGAGGAGGAUGAAGAAUCAGGUGAAGAUGAGAAUAACGAGCAUUCGAGGAAGAAGUCGAGGAAGGUUUCGGUUUCGGUUUCACCGACGGCAAUGAUGCAACAGCUGAGUAGUGAAGUGAUGAACGUGUUGCAAGAUGGAGUGAAGAGUUGUUGGGAGAAGAAACAAUGGAUGAAGAAGAGGGUUGUGCAGUUGGGAGAAGAACAAAUAAACUAUCAUGUUGAAGCGUUUGAGAUUGAGAAACAAAGGCUGAAAUGGGAGAGGUUUAGUAGUAAUAAAGAGAGGGAAAUGGAGAGACAGAAGCUUGAAAAUGAAAGGAAGUGUUUGGAGAUUGAUAGGAUGGUUUUGUUGCUUCGGCAGAAGGAGGUUGAAUUACAGAAUACUCAGCAGAUGCAGCAGCAACAGCAUUCUUCUACUUAG